AUGAGCGAGUCCGUGGACCAGCAAGAGCCUCCGCGGCGGAUGCGGCUCGGCACCAAGUCGUGCGCAGAGUGCCGGCGUCGCAAGAUCCGCUGCAUCGUACCCGAGGGCGCCCAGACGUGCCAGUCGUGCACGCUCCACGACGUCGCCUGCAGGCCGCAGCAGCCCCGGCCCCGCGACCGGACGCAGGCGGACCAAACCGCGGCGCUCCGCAAGAGGGUCGCCGAGCUGGAGAGCGUCAUUGGGCGCUUCCUCGACAAGGUUGGCGAAGACCCGUCGCUCGCCGUGCGGGCUCUGCAGGCCGGAAGCCUUGAAGCGGGGAAGGCGGCGUGUCUUCCGAGGAAGCAGGCGGCGAGGCGGCAGGACGGCGAGCAACCCGCUUCGGAGAACGGUUCAGCAUCGCCGGGUCUACCAACACCCUCGGCCUCUGAAGGUAGCCACCGACGGAGGCGGAGCCCCGGAAACUCGGAGGAUGAAGCGUCGGAGAAUCCAGCAUAUGCGCCGCUGGUGCAGCUCUUUCGCGAUGCACUGCUUAUUCGCGACAACGAGGGAUCGGUGCUCGACGACGAUGAGGAGGAUCAACCGGCAGUGCAUCACCUGCAAGACGAGCUCAGCCAACUGCGCCCCGAAAUUCCGGACGAGCACAUCGUCCGGCUCAUGAUGCGGGAGACGACGGUAUACUGCUCCAUGUGGAGCACCUGCUACAACGACUACGAGUCGCGGGUCCCGUGGCAAGGCUCCCCGCCGUCUGAAGUGGAAGACUACGUUGUGGCGGCGCUCGCGCGGCCAAGGUUCGACUCGACGUCGUGCAAGGCCCUCACAUGGCUUGCCCUAUGUGUGCAGCAGCUGCCCACGGAAUGGCUGCGGCGGCACAUGCCAUCAGUCCAGCGCCAGCCGCUCCUGGACUCGUACACAAAGUACACACACGCCGUGCUAUCCUUGCAUGGUGAGGACACACUCGACGGGAUCCAGUGCCUGCUGCUCCAGUUCAAACUGCUCAUCAACAUGGGCCGACCGCGACGCGCGUGGUCGUGCGUGCGCCGCGCCAUCACUUCUGCCACCAUCCUUGGCUUCGACCGACCCAACGACGGUUCAGAUGGCAUGAAGCUGAAAAAGAGCCUCUGGUCGCAGGCUUGCCAAUUUGAGCUGAAUCUCUCCAUGACGCUAGGAUACCCGUCGGCCACGUUGUCCACGUACCCGAAGCCCGGCGACAUCCAACCACUCGGACCUCUCGGUGGCCUCGCACAGACCAUCCUCCAACAUAUGGUUCGCAUCGUCGGCGCCAUUGUCAAGCGCGAUCAGAACUGCGACACCGCGACUUAUGAGACUACGUUGCAGAUAGAUCGAGAGCUCGAAGAGACCAGGGCCUUGUUCCCACAAGCCUGGUGGGGGGAGCACUCGCCCGGAGCGAGCCUCAGCCAGAUCUACCAACAAGAGAUCUCGAAGCUGCUCUUCUUUUCGCUCUUCAAAAUUGCGCACACGCCAUACAUGCUCAAGUCCGUGGCGGACCCGCGAUACGAAUACAGUCGCAUUCGAGCCAUGGAGGGUUCGCGAGAAGUCAUUCGCACGUACCUGCGUCUGCGCAACUACCCCGGCGCCGAGCUCAUCAUCUGCGACCUCAUGGACUUUCAGGGAUUUAGCGCCGGUCUCACGCUCGUUGUCGGAGCGCUGUCCCGGCACUGCGCGACAGGCGAGCCGUUUGAAGCCUUCUCCGAGGACUGGAGUCUGAUGGAGGGCCUCAUCAUGAGUCUCAGGCGCACCGCGGACCUUUUGGAUUGCCGCGUUGCGGAACAGAGCGUCAAGGUGCUCGAGCUUCUCUCCUCAGGCCAUGAUGGCAGAGACGGUGACAUUGAGGCCCUGGUGCCGUACUUUGGCAGGAUGCGCAUCCGAAAGCCGGGGCCGAAGAGUGUCCAGUCCGUCAGCGCCAUGUCCUCGUCGACACAACCCAACGUUCUGCUCGGCUAUCACCCACCUCCACCGAGCGCUAUUGAGAUGAGCGCAUCGGAAUGGCCGACGAUGCUGCCCAUGGAGAUUAUUGACGAGGACGAGCUGAGAGGAGACUGGUUCGCUGUAUCGCAGGACGGAGGCCAGUACAGCUGGCACCAGACACUGAGUACAUUCGCGAUCUUGUAG